UGUAGACGCGUUCUGCACAUUCGUAGAACCUGGGUUGAACCGAUUGCGUUCCGGGUACUUGGUGCGCAGUGACAAAAAUAAAGAAGAAAAAAAGAAGAAUAAAGACCACGCCCACGUUAAUGUGCCUGCAAGACGUCAACACUCACUGAGUGCGCAUGUGUGGAGUCACUGGCCCCGCCCCCUUUGCCCUCAACGCAUCAGCCGCGCAGUGACUGCUCAGAAUGGCGGCUCUUUUGGAAUCUUUGCUGGCGAGGAAAGUGCAUGUCAGCAAGGUGGUGGACUGGCUGAAAAACGCCCAGGAUGGUGACAGGCUAGCCUGCAGUGAUCCCAAAGUAACGGCCCAUAAGCAAGAAUUCAUCCCGUUUCUUUUAAACUUCCUACGAGAGCAGAGCAGCCAAGCCCUCACCCAUGGCCCUGCCACGCCUGCCAAGACCCCCAAUCGGCCGAGACCUGCCUCUCAGAUGCAGGGCUUCUCAGAGAGGAGGUCCUGCAGGUCUGCUGGUGCCGGUUCUCGCAGCGGAAGCCGUGUUCAGCUGUUUUCCCCAGCGCCGUCAGUGUCCCCCGGGAUGGAGUUGGACGAUCAGUCGGGCUCCCAGUGCACAAGUGGUCUCGCUCAUUUCAGCAGCCCGUCCUUUUCUAACACUUGGAGCCCAGCGUCCAGGACCUCGGGUUCAGAGAGGCGGCCCAGCCAGAAGAUCAGUCUCGGGGACUACAUGCUGUCUUCCCCCGAGCUGCAGAAGGGACGCCGGAGGAGCGGGGCUGGUGUGGCCACCGCAGGUCAGGGAAGACAUGCAGGGGGGCGAGGAGCAUAUCACAGUGAUGAAAGCGGGAGGAGGACAAGCAGAGGAGGCGGAACAAGCGAGCAGGUUUCACCUCCAUCUGUAGGCCAGCUCAAUUUCAACAAUCUGGACGACUUUCCACCUGUUGGCAUGUCACCCGUUACCCCCACAGGAGGCAAACCUUCCAGAAGAAUCAACCCAACGCCAGUGAGCGCAGAGCGGUCACACUCCAAACCAAAAACCUGCUUCACCUCCACACCCUUCACCCGAGCUCCCAGUCCACCGCUGGGAGCAGCAGAGGGUCCUGACUGGUCCUCGACAAGCAGCCCUCUGACCCUGAUGGAGGAGAGAGUGCUGCUCAAGAAAGAAAAGUCAAAGCGCGCCCAGCAGGCCUGCUCUCCUCUGCCCUACUCGGAGGAGCCGUGCACCCCAACCAAGUCGGGCGUGAGAGUCGGGUCCAAGUUGACACCGGACCAGCCGACGGCUUGUCCCGAGCUGUCCAAAGUUACCUCAGCAUUGGAUCUGGACCUCCUGGCCGAGCUGUACUGCACCUGCAUUUCUGAGAACUUGGUGCCAAAUAUUUUUCUGGAGCUUUUCUUUGUGAUGCAGCUGCUAACGUCUCGUUUUCCUCUCACUCAUGAGGGUGAUGAUGAGCAGGAGCGCGCAUGUGCGCUCAACUCAGACGUGCUGGAGAGACAUUACCUGAGACAAGUACACAACUGUGUCUACUUCGCAGUGAAGGUUCUGGAGAAUCAGUAUCAGUUGUUGGCUCAUAUGGACAAGUGCACCUUGCGUCUUCUGGCGGAGAACGAGAGGGUGGCGUCCUUCUGUCCGAAUCUGAGGGAUCGUUUGUCUCAGGCGCAGGACAGAAGUACAGCCAAGCUGUCUCCAUCCGUCUCCACCUUCAUCCACUCGGUUCCUUUCCAGCCUGCCACGGACAACCGCUCCAACUUCAGCAGCGACAAGGCCUUCCAUACCUUUAAAAAGCAAAGAGACAUUUUCUAUGAGGUGCUGCGAGAAUGGGAGGACUUCCACACGGAACCAGGCUGGAGCUUUGAUGCUGCUCUCGGGAGUCGGAUUAGAGGAAUGAUGAGUCAACUGACCGCCGCAGGAAACCAUUCGCAUUUUGCCCGUCUUUUCCUGAAGCAGCUCGUUCAGAUGUGCAAAGGCCCUCGAGUUACCGGGUCCCCCGGCGAUACCCCCGAUGCCGACCUGCUGGGCAUGCUAGGGGCUGACGGCCUGGGCCGCCUGAAGCGCCUGGAGGAGCGUCUCAUUCAGCCUCACGGAGUCGUCGGCCCAUGUCCGCCUCCAUCUUUUCCAGGCCACCAGGAGUUCUUCCGGGAGUUCUUGCAAACAGCCAGUUGCUGUCAGCUGAACCAGCACCUGCAGGACAGCUUGUGUCAGCAGGUCCUUCAGCUGGAUGAUGUCUCCAUCCUCAGUCCUCCUGCUUCCGUCGGAGGAGAGCAAGAGCAGGAGGGCGAUGGUGACCUGGAGCAGCAGGACGAGAAGCAGCGCUUUACCUCGGUGCUUCUCCUCGCUCGUCUUCUGGCAAAGUUUUUGGGUUUCAUUUCAUUUCUGCCGUACCAAACGUCUGAGAAACCCAGUAGGGAGAUCCAGGAGGCUGCUGUCGCUUUACGGAGCAAAAGUGUUCCUGUGCUGGACGUCUGUGCCUUGCUGAGGAGCAGCAUGAGGAGGAAGCGCACCAUCCUGACUGUACCCUGGCUGGUGGAGUUCCUCUCCAUGCUGGACUUCACUGGUCCACUGCUGCUCAGCUAUAGGGUGGUUUUGGGCACACUAUGUCUCCUCUACAGGAGAAUGACACUGGGUCGGUGCGGAGACACCUUUUACCUGAACAAGCUGCUCCUCGUGUCUGUACUGGGAUGGCUCUUCCAGAUCCCCGUGAUCCCCGAGGAGGUUUUCUUCACUAGUGACUUCACUGAGGUGGCCGAACUGGUCGAGGGAGACGCCAGUAAUGCUGCAGGUCUUGACUGCAUCCCCUUGGUGGAUCAGCAGCUUCUCUACACAUGCUGUCCAUUUCUUGGCGAGUUCCGUAAGCUCCUCGCCGCCUUUGUGUCGGGAAGCAGCGCCAAGAGCGGAGGCAUCAUUCGCAAGAUCACCCCGACAUCCGCUGAGCCCCGAGAUGCCUCCGGCACCAAACGCUUGCAGCAGAAGCUGCAGGCUGACCUGGAGCAAGCGUUCUUUCACAACCAGCCGCCUUCCUUGAAACGCACGGUGGAGUUUGUCGCCGAGCGAGUCGGAUCCAACGCCGUCAAGCAUAUGAAAGCGACAUUAGUGAGUGAGUUGGUGGAGAGAGGGGAGAAGAUGCUCAAAGAUGGACUGGAGUCGCCCAAAGCCAACCCGUCCAAACUGAAUGAGUCCAUCUGUGCCCAGUUGUGUGAGGCAGGACUAGAGGCCCUGACCAGAGCUACCAGGUUUUGCUGUGAGAAGAGUCCAGAAGCCAUCAGGAUUUUGCUCCCUGAUGAGAUCUCCCCUGCUGUCCUGGCCACAUCUGAAAACAUAACCAAGCACCUUGCCACAGAAAAAGCUUGCAGCUGGCUCUCGGCUAACAUCACAGCGCUAAUCCGGCGAGAGUGGAAGUGCAGGUACGAGCGCAUCAUGAAGACUGCGGGGAGCUCCGUGCCGUCAGACUCGGCAGAGGCGGGGGCUGCCGUGGACGAGCUGGUCGCUCAAGGGCCAUCCGUUACCCCUAAAAGAAAGCAAGGCGGCGCCAGGGUGACGUCCUGCUCCCCUUGUUGCACUCACAGUGCCUUACUGCCCUCUGACGUCCUCAUCACCAUCAAAGACUUGUUGAGCAUCGCGGUGGGCCCCAGGACUGAUGAGGAGCUGCCAUGUGGCUCUCAGCUUCAAACACUUUUCCAGCAAGUGGGGGACACGCUGGACUGCAAAAAGUUCUUAACUGCUGUGUCAGAGCAGAUGCUGCUCAACUCCACCGUCCUUCUGGCUUCCAAGCUGGUGUCUGCAGAGCUUCCCCUGGCACCUCCAUCAGGACACGCUGAAGGGACCGAAGAGUUUAGCACGGGUCCCGCUUCAGGGUCCGAGCCUUCGAUCAGAGCCUUGCUGGAGCAACUCGGCGACCUGUGGGAGAAAAACUGCUCUCCCCCCGCCCCCUUCCGUCUGCUGUUUUCGCCACUUGCCGUCACUGCAGUGCUGACGGCUGGUGACACCGAGUGGAACAACUACCUGUUUUUAGUGCAGAGGCUUGUUGCCAGAGGACUCUUAUCUGAGGAGGACGUCCUAUCUCAUUGGACGAAACUCACCAAGCAGGUUCUUCCAGGCGGACUAAUGGAGAAGUUCCAGUCUCAGACUGACAAACCUUUGCUGCCUUCAGCAGAGCUGCAAAGUCAAAUGGACAUGCUGCAGCUUUCUAAGCAGACGGUAGAGGGCGCUACAUGACAAGCACGCCAUAUUUUAUAGUUUGAGGGCCAAGAAAAGGGGCAAAAAACCCAGCUCAGGUAAGGCUUUGAGGGUAUGCCAUGGUUGAAGACAGUGCCUUAGACAGUUACCAUAAAAACAGGGUUAAUACGUGCUUUUUAACGUCGCACUUUCACACGCUGCCUUUUUAGCCGUUCAGUCAUUGCUAGCAUUUGCAUGAAUGCACGAAUGCAUUUGUGACUGUCUGUUCAGUUGAACAAGCACUGUGCUCCUUUUUGCUGCAAGAAAAAAAGCAUAUUUUUAAAGUUUGUCACAAAAAUGUACAUGAGAAUGUUAAUAAAGAUAAAGUAGCUUAUGUUGAA